AUGCAUUUAACAUCAUUGGCGACCGGUGGUAGUCAACAGGUCGCCGCAACAGCUUACACAGCAACAGCAUCCAGUUUAUCCUCAUCAUCGUCGUCGUCCCUAGCGGCGGCUGUUGCCACAGCACCACUUUUGUUAAGCGGCAGUGGUGGUGGUAGCAUCAUUGAAUCAGCUGCCGGUGCUACCACCAAUAUUUCACCCUUGGAUAAUAUCACUGGCAACAUGGUGAUUUCUUCAGUAUCUCCUGGCACGGCGACAACAACAUUGCUCCAGCAACAACAAUUUGUUCAAGGACAUACGCAGCACAACAAUAACAACAAUCAUCAUAGCCACCAUACCACCCACCACCAACACCCGCCGCCUCAUAGCCAUAGUGGCCACACAUCUUUGGGUCAUUCUGCAGCAACGCACACACUUUGGAAUUCCGAAGGUCCAGCAUCAAUGGCAUCGGACACCAUAGUGGCCAGUAGUUCAGCCAGUGUGGGCAGUAAUUCGCCAAAUGGUGCGGCCAGUAAUGGUACGGCGAAUAGUAAUACCAGCAAUAGUACGGCGGCAAAUACAACAACAUCAGCAGCAGCGACAACAAAUGGCAACAACAAUGCGAAUAGUAAUGGCAACAAUAAUUCGGGAAGUAGCAGCGGUAACAACAAUAAUAACAAUGUUUUACAUCAAGAUUUGGCCUGGUUGGAGAGAUCUAUUUUGCAGGCCCAUCAACAGUUUCCAAAUGAGUUGGUGCGCACCAGCAAUCCAUAUUUCCUCUGUUCCGCCUUGCCCACACAUUGGCGUUCAAAUAAAACCCUGCCGAUUGCCUUUAAAGUUGUGGCCCUGGUCGAUGUGGGAGAUGGUACCAGUGUUUAUAUCCGUGCCGGCAACGAUGAGAAUUGUUGUGCCGAAUUGAGAAAUGAUCGGGCAACAAUGAAAGAUCAAGUGGCCAAAUUUAAUGAUCUGCGUUUUGUGGGACGUAGUGGAAGGGGUAAAAGUUUUACCCUAACCAUAACUGUGGAUACAUUUCCCCGACAGGUGGCCACCUAUGCCAAAGCGAUAAAAGUUACCGUUGAUGGACCGCGUGAACCACGCUCCAAAACAAAUAACAAUAAUCUCAUGGGUGCCGCCGAUUGGACUGGAUGCUCUACAACUGCCACAGCUGCGUAUUCAUAUCAUCACAGCCACCCGUUGCCACCACCACCUGCACCACCCUCAGCCACAGCAGCAGCAGUCGCAACAAAUGGUGUCUAUCCGGGCUAUGAAACCCUACCAUCCGAUCCUGCCAAUUUACAAUUGCCCACAGUUAUAACCGAUAUGCAAACAUUUUGUGCGCCCAGUGAUUAUCAUCCCACAGCCAUGGUGCCGCAUAUACAACCCACAAUGUGUAGUCCCACCUAUGCUGGGGGACCCAAAAAUGAAUAUGAAUCCUAUAAUGCCGCGGCGGCAGCUGGUUAUUCUUCGUACAGUAACUGGUCCAAUGGCUAUAAUACCAGUUAUCAAUAUGGUAGCUGUGCAACACAACCUCAAUACCCCACACAUGGUCACACCCCUACUAUGGUUCUCUACCCACAGUUAUUCUCUACCUACAAUCAAAAUGAGAUACACCUUCACCUCCAUGGGACAGAUAAAAUUGAACAUUAUCUGGGUGGGGAAAAUGCUCUGACCAUUAGUUCGCUAUCAGGAAAUCGGCCAAGUAUAGAAAUUGGUAUUGGCACAUCAGAUCAUGAGGAUCAAAUGCAACAAAAUCGUGGUGCGAUUGAUCAAUCCUCUCACGUUGUAGUGACGGCGGAUGGUGGAAAUUCUAUGGAAACGGACCAAAGACAAAGUGGUGGUGGUGCUGCAACAGCAAAUCAUUUAAAUGAAUCCGCGAAUGAUGUUGUGGUCGGUACGAAUGGUUCGGUGGUUGAACAACAACAACAACAUGGACACACAACCCGUGAGGGUGAAGAAGUUUGGCGGCCGUAUGAGGCAUCAUGGUCUCAGUGA